UCCUCGGCGCUUCAACAGCUCCAUCUCUGGCAGGUGGUGCCUGUUCUCAUGAGGAGUCUGUAACGUUUAGGAAGAACCCGGGGGUAGUAAUAGGAAAUCACCGUGCCCUGCCUUUCUUUUUUUUUUAAUUCUUUUUUUUUUGUUUGUUUUUGCUUUUUAAAUUUUGUUCGGGGUUUUUUUUUGUCCCCGAACCGCUCUCUUCCGUGUGCGUGUGGUGCCAAAUCAAUGUGCGUUUGUGCCGAUGGAGCUCCAAAUGCGGUGUCUCUCCUCUCCUCCCCCUUCAGAGCCAGCUACUUUCUGUUUUGUGGUGCAGUGAGGGAGCCCGAUGUCUCUGAAACGCGGCGUGAGCCCUGUGCCUGCAAUGUGAGCGAAGGGGGGAAAAGGGACUGAAUAAAGAUGUUGAUACUUUAUCAGCUGCUGCCGCCUCUGUCGCUGCACGUAAACACAGACUGAACAGCCCCGGGUCGUUGUAGCAACAAGCUUUUAUUAUUCCUUUGGAAGGCUUUUCCCGUUUAUUAUUAUUAUUAUUUUUUUUUUUGGUAAGAUUGGGAAGUGAUUGUGCUUUUUUUGGUGGGGGGAGAGAGGGGGGGGGGCGACUUUGAUUGUGUUUCCUACGGCGGAGCCCUGGUCAUGAUGAAGCGCGUCUGAAAAAGAGACUUACAAAAAAAAAAUGAGGAAGCAUUUUUCAAAAGACACAAAAAAGACAGAGGCCUCUUCCUUUGUAGGCCCCGAUCUGGGCUGAAAAGAGGGGCGAAGAAACAGCCCGAUGAACAAAAAGGCGAGUAAAAUGGGACACGAGAAGACACGCGAGGAAAAGAGAAGAAGAUACAUUUUAUUCAUGCCCGCUGUCCACGCAAGUCCGCUGUCUUUCCGAACAAAAAGUACUUUUUGUCUUUAACAUAAAACUGAUUAUUUCAGGAAAAAAAUUAAAAGGAAGACCGCCUGUUUAUGGGGGCUUCAUAACGUUUUUUUAAUUUUUUUUUUGGUGCGCUUCGGCUAUUUAUUUAUUUUUUAAUUGUUAUUUUUUUAAUUUAUUCCCCCCCCCGCGGUUGUUAUCCUUCUGCCUCUCUCGACUUCUCCUCGACCCCGGAGUUCAAUGGAAGUAUGUUACCAGCUGCCGGUGUUGCCUCUGGACAGGCCGGUCCCCAAGCACGUCCUCAGCCGCAGAGGAGCCAUCAGCUUCAGUUCCAGCUCGUCUCUCUUCGGCGGCCCGGACCCCCGGCAGCUAUCGCAGAGACGUGGAGCAAUCUCCUAUGAUAGUUCUGAUCAGACUGCUCUGUAUAUUCGUAUGCUAGGAGAUGUGAGAGUACGAAGCCGGUUGGGAUUUGAACCAGAACGACGGGGCUCUCAUCCGUACCUGUACAUCGACUUCCGAAUUUUGCACUCCCGCCCCGAGUCUGCGGGCCCUUUGUCUGCCAGGAAGGUCCGCCGGCUGUUGAGUUUCCAGAGGUACCUGCACUCCUCGCGUUUCUUCCGGGGCGCCCCUCCCCAGAACCCCCUCUACAUCCUGGACGACGACUACACCGGCCAAGCCAAGUGUAUGCUGGAAAAAGUUGGAAGCUGGAACUUCGACAUAUUUCUGUUUGACAGGCUAACAAAUGGAAACAGCCUGGUCUCCCUGACUUUUCAUUUGUUUAACCAGUAUGGACUGAUUGAUCUCUUCCAAUUAGACAUGGUAAAACUCCGUAGAUUUUUAGUAAUGGUUCAAGAAGACUACCACAGUCAAAACCCGUAUCACAAUGCUGUUCAUGCUGCUGAUGUGACUCAGGCCAUGCACUGUUAUUUAAAGGAGCCCAAGCUUUCCAAAUCCCUCACUUCAUGGGAUAUCCUCCUGGGUCUGUUGGCAGCUGCAACACAUGACUUGGACCACCCAGGAGUUAAUCAGCCUUUCCUCAUCAAAACAAAUCAUUACUUAGCAGCUCUAUACAAGAAUACCUCAGUUCUAGAGAAUCACCACUGGAGGUCAGCAGUGGGCCUGCUGAGAGAGUCGGGGUUGUUUGCACAUCUUCCUGUUGAAGACAGGCUGAAGAUGGAGAGUCAACUGGGCUCCCUGAUUUUGGCCACUGAUAUCAGCAGACAGAACGACUACCUGGCACAAUUCAGAACACAUCUGGACAAGGGAGACCUAUGCUUAGGAAAUGCAGGUCACAGGCAUUUUAUCCUCCAGAUGGCUCUGAAGUGCGCAGAUAUCUGUAACCCAUGCAGACCUUGGAGACUGAGUAAGCAAUGGAGUGAAAAAGUGACAGAGGAAUUCUUCCACCAAGGCGACAUUGAAAAGAAAUACAAACUUGAUGUCAGCCCACUUUGUGAUAGUCAAACAGACACUGUUGAAAAUAUUCAAAUAGGCUUUAUGACCUAUGUGGCGGAGCCUCUGUUUGUGGAGUGGGGUCGCUUCUCAGAUACGCGUCUGUCUCAAACCAUGCUGGGGUACCUGGGACUGAAUAAAGCCAGCUGGAGGGGGAAGCUGCAGGAGCAGACCAGCAGCGGGGAUGACACUGACCCAGCCUUGGAGGAAACGGACUCUGAAGUAUUACCUCAGGGAAGCAAGGAGUUAUGACUCUCCGCCGAGACCUGGCCAGACAGGGCAGAAGUGUCAGAGGGGUAUAGGAAUGGAUUGGGACUUAAGUGCCAUCACUUAAUGGAACACCUUUGCCAGAGUUCAGUUUGCAUGCCUCUCAGCUAUUAAAACCACUGAUUUUAUUUUAUCCCUUGACAUAGAGCAAUACAUAGAUACCUCAUUUUGCUUCUGCUGUUUUAUUUAUUCUCCAUUCUUUUCUGCAUUAUUCACUGAAUACAUAACCCUUUUAACCGAGAGCUAAAGGGAACAGUAUAAGAAACAUGUUGUGGUAAAGUGCCAUUUGUAAACUUUUUAAAAAAUUCUUUAAACUGUUCUAAUAACCUUGAGUAUUUAGAUUACUGGCUGUCAAAGACUGCACAGACAACCUAAGUAUGUUCAAUUUUAAAGGUUUCGUUUUCCUUGUGUUAAAAUGUGAAAAGCCCGCUCCUUUUGCUGCCUCUAUGAAGACUGUUUACAAAUGUCUUUUUGUAUUGUUUUAUAAGUUAAAUGUUGGUUCUGUAAUUGCCUUUAAGCACAGGUGUCAAGAACCACUUUCAUGGGGGAUUUUAUCCUACUGAUGACAUACAGUACAGUACAAACUUCAGACUGCAGCUGUAACAAACACCAGAUGCCAUAAACCCUGCAAUGCUCCAUUGUUUUUUUUGUUCUUGCACUGUGAAACUCUUUGGACGCACAGCCCAGGUUUCAGUCUACAAGGUACUGGGAAUAUGGCCUUUUCCCUGGAUUUCGAAACGGGGAGCAGAACGCUGGCUUUCUUUCGGAAUAUCGUUGCUCUUUCAGUGGUGGCAAAGCAUGUAGCUGUCACUGUCCUUAACACUUGAACAACUGUUCUUUCAUUAAAAACAUCAGAACUGAAUUAACACAUUUAGCUCAGGGUGUUGCCAAUUUAUCUGGAAGAAAUUAAGGGGGGAGCAUGACGCCUUUAAAAGCAGGAAGGCUCGUCCCUUUUCAAGGCAAAGAAACACAUUUACUGAAGCUGAAGAAUGUGACAAUUUCAACGAGAAAAUGCAUUGAAAUGCAACCUGGAAGACUGCAACAGAUGCCUUAAAACUAUGCACAAAAGCUAAGUGACCAAACCAGUUUUUAUUUUCAUGAAGUGCUGUUUAUUGUUCUCUUAAUGCAUUGUCCACCUGUUGGCCUUUAGUGUGACAAAAUUUGAACAUUUUUGUAAUAAAAUUGAAGAAUGAUUUAUUUUAAGCAUCAAACAUUCCAUGUUUUGUAUUUUAAAUUUAGUUCUGUACAGAUAGCACAAUUGUGUUGGUUUUGUUUGUUGUUUUAAAUGAUAACAGGUGCUUUUCUUAUUUUAGGUAAUGUUUUUUGUUAUUACUGUAAAAGACUGUUUGAUGAACCUGUUUACAAUUUGUUGUAACAGCCAUUUUGGGGAGAAUACUUCAGCAUCAAGCCAUUUUGUAUAGGCUUUGCCAUAUUGACCUUUUGAUACAUGCCUGUUGCAGUUACAUUUUGAUGAAUAAAACAAGCUGACAAAUUU